AUGUCACUAAUAUCCUAUCUGGUUGCUUCAUUGCCUUCCGCAUCCACCUUGCUCCUUUACGGAGCAUUGGUCAUUGCCGUCGCAUUUGCCAUCCAUAUCUUGUCUCAGCUGAUUGUCCCCAGUAAUCCCAAACAACCUCCCACUGUGUUUUCAUGGAUUCCUUUCAUGGGAAAUGCCAUCGAAUUUGGCAUCAAUCCUAUUGCUUUUCUUGAAAAGUGUCAGGAAAAAUAUGGCGAAGUAUUCACUUUUUACAUGGUCGGUCGACGUGUCACGGUUUGCUUGGGUCCCGAUGGCAACCAGUUCGUCUUUAACAGCAAACAAAACCUGUCCUCGGCUGCCGAAGCUUACAACGAUAUGACGAAAUACGUGUUUGGUCCCGAAGUCGUGUACGACGCACCCCACAGCGUCUUUAUGGAACAGAAAAGAUUUAUCAAGGCCGGUUUGAAUUCGGAUUGUUUCCGCCAGCAUGUACCUAUGAUUGUACAGGAAGUUCAGGAUUUCUUUAAAAAGUUUGAUAAGCCUUCGGGUUUCAUGGAAGCGUAUGAGACCUUUGGCAAGCUGAUCAUUUGCACUGCUUCCCGUUGUCUGAUGGGCAAGGAAAUCCGCGCCAACUUGGACGGUGACGUUGCCAAGUUGUAUUAUGAUCUCGAUCAAGGAUUUCAACCCAUCAACUUUAUGUUUCCCAACUUACCUUUGCCUUCCUACAAACGCCGUGAUAUCGCUUGCAAGAAAAUGGCCGCUUUGUACUCUAGCAUUAUUCAACGCCGAAAGAACGAAGGUGACAAUUCCAAUGCGGAUCUCCUUCAAGCCCUGAUGGAUGCCACUUACAAGGAUGGUACCUCAAUUCCUGAUCAUCACAUUGCUGGUAUGAUGAUUGCUGUUUUGUUUGGUGGUCAGCACACAUCCGCUACUACUUCGGCAUGGACCAUGUUGGAAUUGGCAGCUCGUCCAGAUCUUAUCAAAGCACUUCGUGAAGAACAAAUUGAAAAGCUCGGCUCGUUGAAGACUGAAUUGACGUUUGAAAACUUGAAAGACCUUCCCUUGUUGGAAAGCGUGGUUCGUGAAACCCUGCGUCUUCAUCCUCCGAUUUUCCAGAUGAUGCGUAAAGUUGUCGCCGAUAAAAUCCUCUAUGAAAAGACGGGUCAUGAAAUCCCAAAGGGUAACUACAUCUGUGCUGCUCCCGGUGUCACUCAGAUCGAUGGUCGAUUCUUCAACGAACCCAAGUCGUACAAUCCCUACCGUUGGUUGGAAAAGACGGAUCCUAUCCAUUCAAUUGAACAAGGCGAUGAUGCCAAUAUUGAUUACGGUUUUGGUGCGGUCGGUAUCUCUUCCAAGAGUCCUUUCUUGCCUUUUGGCGCCGGUCGUCACCGAUGCAUUGGCGAACAAUUCGGCUACCUCCAGAUCAAGACGAUUAUUGCCACUUUUAUCCGUAUGUUUGAUAUUGAAUUGGAAGCCGGUCAAUCGGUACCCAAACCCGAUUAUACCUCCAUGGUCGUGGUGCCGGAACAUCCUGCCAAGCUUCACUACACUUGGAGAGAGUAG